AUGCAUCACUCAACUGAUCAUGGUUUCAGAAGGCAGUCAUCGAAGAGUAUGAGCACGAAUACGACCACGUUUCGUAGUUCAAGCUUUGUUUCAGAUAGAAUUAGUGAGCUACCAAACAAUAUAAUAAAUGAAAUUCUGAUGCGAUUGCCACAGAAGGAUGCAAUAAGGACAAGCAUCUUAUCAACCAAAUGGAGAUGUAAAUGGUUAGCAGUUCCACAACUUGUGUUUGAUUAUCCCUGCAAUUAUAAGUUGUCACCAACAGAGAAAAAUAAGCUAGCAAUAGCUGUUUACCAAGCUUUAUUACUCCAUCAUGGACCUCUUAUCAAGUUCAGCUUCUCAGUCUCUGAUUUGGAUCACAACAAUUCUUCAGAUAUCAAUCACUGGUUACAUUUCCUGUCAAAGAAUGGCAUAGAAGAUUUCUGCCUCAGGAUUUGGACAGGAGAACGCCAUAAGUUGCCCUACCAUUUUUACUCAUUUCAGCAACUGAGACUUCUGAAUCUUUAUAAUUGUGUGUUUAAGCCUCCAUCUACUUUCAGAGGAUUUGAAAAGCUUGUGAAGCUUGAGUUAAGGAACGUUGUGUUUGCUGCUGAAAGGUUUGGGAUUUUCAUCUCUAAUUGCCCAUUACUUGAAGAAUUGACAUUGGAAAACUGUCCUCAUUUCUUCUGCCUCAGACUCAGUUCUCCCAAUCUCAAGUAUUUAUCAUUUCAUGGAAGUUUUGAUUCUGUUAACUUUAAAAAUACUCCUGUUCUUCAAGUAGUUUCAAUUUCUUUGAAUGGGAUGGCUGAAAUUGCCAAGUAUUUCAAGGACAGAAAAACAUCUAAUUUAGUAGAGAUUGCUUCUAGUAUACCUGCAAUUCAGGACUUGGCUAUAGAAAAUUAUUUUUUGAAGUUUUUGGCUAUGGGAGGUGUACACAACAGGCUUAUGAAGACUUUACAUCACCUCAGAAUUCUUCAUCUAUCUGGGAUCUGCUUCGAAAAGAUAGAAGAGGUCUCAUGUGCUCUUUGCUUGAUUAGAAGCUCACCCAACUUGGAAAACCUAACAAUCAAGGCACUCAGAGAGACAAAUGCUGUGAUGAAACCUGUUGUAGAACAUUUGAGAGUUGAAGACUUCUUAGAUUGUUCAUUAGACCGACUAAAGAUUGUAAAGAUGCAGCUCAUUGGCGGUGGACAGACAGAAUUGGAGCUCAUGAAGUGUUUACUGGCUACUUCUAAAAGGCUUGAAAAGUUAGAAAUUUGGCCCAUACAAGAGAAGACUUUUAAUAGAGGAUUUCAAAUUUUGAAAGAGCUUAUACGAUUUCGACGAGCUUCUGCAAAUGCUGAAAUCCUUUACUUAGACCCUGAGCUAGGCAAAUAG